AUGUCCGGGAACGGAGGAUUGUAUGGGAUCAUUUUCAUUUGUUCCACACUUCACACGUUUCUGUUCGCCGAGAAUCUGGAUGACGGCUGUGGCCACUCUGUCCUGGGUCCGGAGAGCGGUGUUCUCUCCUCUAAAAACUACCCAGGCACUUACCCCAACAACUCGUGGUGCGAGAAGGUCAUCACGGUGCCUGGCGGCCAGGGCGUAUUCCUCAGAUUUGGCGACCUGGACAUCGAGGGUCAGGACUGCGAGUCCGAUUAUCUGAAGAUCCUAAAGUGGCCGUACGGACCAGAACACGUGUACGGGCCGUUUUGUGGUAAUCUGAAGUCCCAUCCGAACCUUACGGUUCUCUACGUCGACGCCAGCGAGGUCACGGUCCAGUUCCGGAGCAGCAGGCACAUCUCAGGACGAGGCUUCCUGUUGACCUACUCCACCGGAGAACACCGAGACCUGCUCUCUUGUCUGGACAGAGGCAGCCAUUCCUCAGCUACAAAAUACAGGAAGUACUGCCCGGCCGGCUGCGGUGCGGUGGACGGAUACCUAUCCGGGGAUGUGUCUGAGGGCUACAGACAUAUGUCAGUUUUGUGUAAAGCAGCGGUCCAUGCUGGAGUUAUACUGGAUGAACUGGGAGGACCCAUUACAGUGGAGGAACACCCAGGCUGCAGUCACUAUCCUGCUGUACGAGCCAAUGGAAUCCAGUCUAAAGAUGGCUCUUUGUCUGACACCCUCUUCACGUUUGUCACCAAUGACUGCAGGAGGCAGAUGAUCCUUCAUCCUGCUGCUAUCUCUGCCAGCUCCUGGUGGCAGGAGGGGGGGGCGGGAGGAGGUCAGGUGGACUGGUCACCCAACCGCACACACCCACUGUCCACUGGGGGCUCCUGGGCUGCAGACUCCAGUAACAGAAACCAGUGGCUUAUGCUGGACCUGGGAGAGAAGAGGAGGAUCACUGGAAUUGUAACCACAGGCUCGACACUGAUGGAGUUUGACUUCUAUGUCAAAAAGUAUGGAAUAGAGUAUAAAGAAAAGAAUCGUUGGAAGAGAUACACACAGAACUACAGCACAGAGGAGACGUUCUUUGAGGGGAACCUGGAUAAUCUCCACCCGAGCCGGAGCACCUUCCGCCCGGCGAUCGUGGCGCGGUUCCUGCGCGUUAUUCCUGUCGAGUGGCACAAGAGGAUCGGCAUGAGAGCAGAGCUACUGGGCUGUCCCCACUCCAGAGCGCCACCUGUGAAUGUGACUCAGAGGAUGAUGCCAACGAAGCCCAAGCCUCCACCGGGCACCGAUAUCACCGAACCUGUCCCCUCUCACACCGACCUGGUCAAACUGGUCGUCAUCAUCGUCCCCACUGUUGUAUGUGUGCUUCUUCUGCUGGUUGGGAUCUGUGUGUACAAGACGCUUCACAGGAAGAAAGCAAAGGAAAACCCGUACGGUUCUUCAGACAGUCAGCAAACAGGGUGUUGGAGGCACAUGAAACAGCCUUUUGCCAGGCACCAGUCUACUGAAUUUACCAUCAGCUACAGCCCUGAGAAAGAACCCAUUCAGAAACUAGACCUGGUCACCAGCGUGAUGGCAGCGGAGUAUCAGCAGCCUCUGAUGAUCGGCAUGGACACGGUGACUAGAAAAGGCUCCACCUUCAGGCCCAUGGACACGGACACCAAAGCCGACACCAACGACCCCGCCACACACUACGACCACCUCCACACAGCAAAUCAGUACGCCCUGCCGCUGACCAAUCAGGAGCCCGAGUACGCCACGCCCAUCAUUGAGCGCCACACCUUCCGCAAGGACGGCUUCCUGUCGGACACCAAUUACACAGUGCCGGGUGUGGUCAUCAGCAAAACGCCGUCCUUCAAGACCGUGGAGAGCGCCGGCUCUCGGAUGGUGACAGGGGGGUUCUCGGAGGGCUACCAGACCCCCCAGGUGAAAACGGACAAAAGGAACCAUUCGGAGGGGGUGUACGACAGCCCCAAAAUCAGCAAGCCCACGCUGCAGAACGGGGGUUGUUCACAGUACCGAAGGCCCCAGCUGAAAUUCGCCCCGCCGCAGGAGAGCUACUCCACCCCUCGGGACUGCGUGAAGCUUAAAAACACGGCGUGUCCGAGACUGGACCCGGAGGGCAGCAGUUCUGAUGGGACCUGA